UGCUCGGUUCCCUGACAUGGAGUGAUUCAUUCAGGGGUGCGCCGCGCAGAUCGCAAUAGCCUGGCAAAGCCCAGACAGGCAUUUUGACGCCUCAUAGUCAUUCAACUGGUUGCACAAGACACCCCGAGUAAUUGUAAAUCCUCGUGAGAGGAGUGAUAUUCUCCUAGCCAAUUUCUUCUCAGUCUACGAAAACUCAGAUCCACAGAAACGAGAGCGACGCGCUCAACGCAGAAUGCUCACGACUGCAAGAAGAACCCCGGAGAGUGGCACUAGGAGAAAAUUGACUCCGUAUCAAGGCGCCAAGCGCAGCUGGGCUGAAUUUCACUGCCAGCUGUGCGAUAACAAGUGGGCGAGCAGCAACUCUUGGCGCGACAUGUAUCAGCGCUGCAAGAAAUGCAAUCGCAUUGUGUAUCCACACAGACAGCGAGCGCUACUUACUCGCCGCGCUGGAACAGAGGAUAAUCCCAGCAGGAAUGGUUCUGCACCAUCCGGAGAAUCAAGGAGAUCUGGAAGUUCUGUCCAGUCUACUACUACAUCCACGGCAUUAGUACCGAGCAGAAGACGAGGUAGGAACACGACCCAUACACGACAUGUGCAGGGUACGGAACGGACCGGGACCAUUCCGGCUGUACAUCAAACCAGUGGCUGUGAGAUGUGCACCAGGCUGCGUGUUGACUGCCGCCGCCUCAAGCUAGUGGAGAGUAGGCCGGCACGAACGUUCUGGUGCAGGUGCGGACGCAGCUGGUUUCAUCCGAGUCCGGAGCCGCAGACGUGUCGCACAUGUAAGUACACGGCACGCCCAGACCUAGACAUGGAUCGGCACACCUCAGUGCAGGUGUUCAUCUAUGCAUCGACCAGCAUCAGGGAGUCUGCACAGUACGUGGGUGCCUUGGAUACGCGUGCAGGACGUAAGCUCGAGACUAAGAAGUAUCUGCUUUGCCCGUGGAAUGUACACACAUGCAUUAUCAUCAGCCUGAUCGAGGUACAACAUUUCAUCAAGUCAGAGCCACGCAAGUAUAUCAGCAUCAAAGCUAGUGACGUCACACCUAGACUACUAAGUGACAUCGAAAGAGCCGAACGAUCGCUCGAACAACUUUCAGCGCAGUACCAGAGUUGCGAAUGCUCUGAGCUUGGGAGAAGGAAGGGAGGAAAAUGCAAGAUCUGCUACGGCACGGAGCGUGCUGAGGCGAGGUCACACAGUCGGCGGCGGAAAAGAAGGCGAGACGAUUGGAGCCGUCAGAUGCGAAAACCGACCUUAUGGGAUUAUUAUUAAAUUUAAUAAUUAUUAUUAUUAUUAUUAUUUGGUGAUCUGGUCUGUCAGUGUGCGUGUAGUCAUGUCGCCGUGUGUUAGCCGGUGCUUACCAUAGGAAUCUUGAGUGCUUUGGUGGCUGCAAAUAACAAGUACUGUAGUAACAAAAUAAUGGAAACAAACUCAUCAUUCGGUUCGUAAGAGCCAGAUUACAAUCAGUCAUGUUCAUCAGUAGAUCACGCUUGAUUAGGGUUACAGUGGUACAAUUGCGCUUGGCGAAAUCUCACCAAGAGUGCAUAUUUACCGCGUUCAACAAGCAUGCCCUGGAAGUGCCACGAAUACGCUUGGACGUACACAUGCACAAUACAAUGAUGUACUAGUUAUCGGAACUACAUGUGGUCCAGGGCGCCAACUUUGCACUCUGGUUCGGAUUUCACUGAGUAAUAAUUAUUUGCGUGGCUCCUCAUUUGUGUGAGGAUUGCCACGUGCAUGAAACACAGCAUUACGACAAUGACCAAUUGUCACUGUUCCCUUCUGCCUUUGUAGUAUUUAAGUUGUACAAGUGUGUGUAGCGACUUUAGCGAAAAUUUAGGAAUAGUGUGUUGCUCCCAAUAUGUACAGUGUAUAGUGUAUGAGAACGUAAGAACUCGCGUUUUGACUGCCGACUUGAACUCACGCUAUACCACAUGU